AUCUUCUCGUGUAAAUAGAAAAUCACAAAGUUUCUUUUUACUUCUUUCUUUCUUGUUUUUUUUUACAAACUAAUUCUUUCACAGUAUAUACUGGAUUAUAUAUUAUUCAAAAAAUUUCAAAAAAAUUUCAAAAAAAUUUAAAUAAAUUUAUAAAAUUUUUAUAUUAGUCCCACGUUAAGAAUUAUGGCAAAUCCAAUUGAAACCAUAGUUCAAGCUUACGUUGCUGCUGUUACUUCUCAACCAAAUAAUGAACGACGAGAUAUUGUUGAUAUUUCCGCUUCUCAAUUAGAAUCUUCAUCGUCAUCGAACGUCAAUAAUAUUGUUCAACCAACAAUACAAUCAUAUUCUAAUCGGAGCUUUUUCCGAAGAGCUUGGGAUAAAGUAGAAAGUAUAUUCGUUCAAAAAGAUACAAAUUUACCCACUUAUUAUAAUAAUUAUGAGAGGGAAGAUGAUGAGGAUGAUGAUACAACGGAUGAAUUUGUUCAUCCUAAUCCAUAUCAACAACCUCUCACUUGUAACGCUUUGUUUAGACCACCUGUACAUAAACGAAGAUUAUCUCAACACUCGGAGGAAUUAAUCAGUGCUGGACCAUCCGAUUAUAGCCCGAGAUCAUCAUCAGAAUGGCCUACCCGGCAAACAUAUGAAGAUUGGCAACGCGAUCAAGGUGAACUUGACAUUGAAGAACUCAAAGUUAAAGAUUUAAUUGCUGGUUGGGCUAUGGGUGAAGGUCGUCCAUGGUUCGAUUAAAUCUGUAUUGGUGAGAAUAUACGAAUUGAUGGAUAUAAUAAUUAAAUUGAUUUGAUAACCGAACUUGUAGAAAUUAUAUUAUUAUUUACGGAUUAAAGUCGAUUCAUUGUUUAUUCAAUCGCGUAUUAUUCCACCACAUUAUAUUAGUAUAUAACAUAAUAAGUAUAAUAAACAUUUUAAUGUAGUAAUAUUUCGUAUAUAUGGCCUUUGUGUAAUUAUUUUUUGCAUCAACAUAUAUCUUAUAUUAUAAAUA